ACGGAGGGCGGACGUUUUUCAGAUGGGCAUAACUUUCCCCCACUGAGGACGAGAGAAGUGGGGAAGGUGCCGUUAGACUCGUGUGUUCCUAGCAUUUAUUUACCAGUUGCGAAUUUUGCAUAUGGAUCUUCGCUUUCACCCCUACAAAUUGGCCAUUGUGCAACAGUUACACCCCGGAGAUUAUGCACAACGAAUGAACUUCGCACGUGAGAUGGAAGCACUGAUCGAUCAAAAUGAGAACCUCAUUUUGUUCAUGAGUGACGAAGCCCACUUUCACCUCAACGGCAUGGUUAACCGGCAGAAUUGCCGUUAUUGGGCUAAUGAAAAUCCGCAACACUUACACGAAAGACCGCUGCACAGCCCAAAAGUUACGGUUUGGUGCGCUGUAUCGCAAACUCGCAUCAUUGGCCCUUACUUCUUCGAAGACGUUAAUGGUCGUGCUGUUACCGUGAACUCAGAGCGGUACGUCGAAAUGAUCAACAACUUCUUUAUCCCCGAAUUACGACGGCAACGUGUUCCAAUCCGACGUGUGUGGUUCCAACAGGAUGGGGCGACCGCCCACACAGCCAGAGCAUCAAUGGACGUUAUUCGCCCUCUCUUCCCUGGUCGCCUUAUUUCCAGGUUUGGCGAUGUUCAUUGGCCUCCCCGGUCCCCAGAUUUAUCCAUAUGCGAUUUUUUCUUAUGGGGACACCUCAAGGCUAGAGUAUACGAGACCAAGCCCCGAACUUGAAUUGAACGAAUUGAA